GCUGCGUCAUCAGUGUGCGCUGUGUUGUUUUCUGCAGAGAGGGGCAUGAAGAUUAAAGAGGAUAAACGGUUUGAUUAAUGGAUGAAGAUCACAGGCAUUCAUCAGAGUGUUUGAUCAGGAGCAGCGGCUGACGGCACGCUCACUCACCGGGGUUCCGGUUUGUUCUGUAAGAGAAGCGGCUGUUACAGAAGCAGUCUCGGGGGGGGGGAUGCCGCUCUCCCAGGAUGAUCAGUGAUGAAGAGACCGAAGCUGCCCGGGGUCUUCCUCUCCGCGGGGUUCCUUCUCCUCUACCUCCUGUUGGUGAAGCGGCACUACGACUCGAGUCCAGAGACCUUCAGAAUACCCUCGUACCGCCGGCCCGGCCCGGACCAGAGCCCGGACCACGAGCCUGCCUUCGCUGACGGACAGCGCUUCCAGUACGGCAUCAUGUUCGAUGCUGGGAGCACUGGGACAAGAGUCCACAUCUUCAAGUUCCAGGUCCAAACCAACGCCGCUCCGUCUCUGUUUCAGGAGACGUUCAGAGCCAUCGAACCGGGCCUGUCUGCGUACGCCGACGCCCCCGACCAGUGUGCAGCGGGGAUCCUGCAGCUGCUGGAGGUGGCCAAAACCAGUGUCCCCCCCUCUGCCUGGAGCCGGACCCCAGUGGUACUGAGAGCCACCGCCGGACUGAGGCUGCUGCCGGGGGGGCAGGCCAGACUCCUGCUCCAGAGGGUGAUGGCGCUGUUCGUGGACUCUCCCUUCCUGUCUCGAGAGGACAGCGUGUCCAUCAUGGACGGCACAGACGAAGGGAUUUCUGCCUGGAUCACCGUCAACUUCCUCACUGCUCCUAAUCUCCCCCCUACCACAGGUGAUCUCCACAGGGCCGACUCCCCAACGGUUGGGAUGUUGGAUCUGGGUGGGGGGUCGACUCAGAUCACCUUCAGCCCUCAGGACGAGAAAACCAUCCAGACGUCUCCCAUCGACUACAUCAAGUCCUUCCAGAUGUUCAACAACACACACACUGUGUACACACACAGUUAUCUGGGUCUGGGGCUGAUGUCGGCCCGGCUGGCGGUCUUAGGAGGGGUCGAGGCGCCCCCCCUAGGGGACAGCAGAGAGCUGGUGACCCCCUGCCUGGCUCCGGGGUCGGGGGUGAGCUGGGAGCACGCUGACGUUGUUUACACUGUGAGCGGUCAGGAGGCAGGGGGGGCGGUGCUGGAGGCGUGCCGGCUCCGGGUCCAGCACGUGUUGGGGGGGAAGGUGCUGAAGGCCGAGCCGGCCGACAUCGACUUCUACGCUUUCUCCUUCUACUACGACCGCGCUGCCGACCUCGGCCUCAUCGAGGAGAGGACGGGAGGCAGCGUGAAGGUGUCGGACUACAGCGACGCAGCGGAGAGAGUGUGCGGGGGGGCCGGUCUGUCCGGCGGCUGGAGUCCCUUUCUCUGUCUGGACCUGGUCUACAUCUCCACGCUGCUGCAGGAGCUCGGCUUCCCCCCCAACAAACCCCUCAAGCUGGCGAGAACCAUCCAUCAGGUGGAGACCAGCUGGGCUCUUGGGGCCACUUUCCAUUACAUGGAGUCCCUGAACACACACUGAGGCUGUUAUUGUGGAACUCCAUCCUCCUGCUGAGUGUUUCAGGGUGAGGAUGGAGAUGAACUCCAUGAGGGAUAGGGAGGAUGUGUUUACAUGAAGAGGAAGAAAUGUUCCUGAUGGUUCUUCAUGCAUUUCAGAAAGUCCUGACAGCCAAUCAGACGCUGCGAUGCCAAUCAGCUCCGCCUCUUUUUAUUUUAAGAUGUGUUCAGGAAAACUCAAGGUCUCUGAACAAUGUGACCUCAAAGGCAGCGUGGAGAAGUAACUAAGUACUAGUAAUUAUCGAAGUACUGAGGGGACUCAUCGAAGUACUGAGGGGACUCAUCGAAGUACUGAGGGACUCAUCGAAGUACUGAGAAGACUCAUCGAAGUACUGAGGGACUCAUCGAAGUACUGAGAAGACUCAUCGAAGUACUGAGAAGACUCAUCGAAGUGCUGAGAAGACUCAUCGAAGUACUGAGGGACUCAUCGAAGUACUGAGGGACUCAUCGAAGUACUGAGAAGACUCAUCGAAGUACUGAGGGACUCAUCGAAGUACUGAGAAGACUCAUCGAAGUGCUGAGAAGACUCAUCAAAGUACUGAGAAGACUCAUCGAAGUACUGAGAAGACUCAUCGAAGUGCUGAGAAGACUCAUCGAAGUACUGAGAAGACUCAUCGAAGUACUGAGAAGACUCAUCGAAGUACUGAGAAGACUCAUCGAAGUACUGAGAAGACUCAUCGAAGUACUGAGAAGACUCAUCGAAGUGCUGAGAAGACUCAUCGAAGUACUGAGAAGACUCAUCGAAGUACUGAGAAGACUCAUCGAAGUGCUGAGAAGACUCAUCGAAGUGCUGAGAAGACUCAUCGAAGUACUGAGAAGACUCAUCGAAGUACUGAGAAGACUCAUCGAAGUACUGAGAAGACUCAUCGAAAUACUGAGAAGACUCAUCGAAGUGCUGAGAAGACUCAUCGAAGUGCUGAGAAGACUCAUCGAAGUACUGAGAAGACUCAUCGAAGUGCUGAGAAGACUCAUCGAAGUACUGAGAAGACUCAUCGAAGUACUGAGAGACUCAUCGAAGUACUGAGAAGACUCAUCGAAGUGCUGAGAAGACUCAUCGAAGUAUUGAGGGACUCAUCGAAGUACUGAGGGACUCAUCGAAGUACUGAGAAGACUCAUCGAAGUAUUGAGGGACUCAUCGAAGUACUGAGGGACUCAUCGAAGUACUGAGAAUACUCAUCGAAGUACUGAGAAGACUCAUCGAAGUACUGAGGGACUCAUCAAAGUACUGAGAAGACUCAUCGAAGUAUUGAGGGACUCAUUGAAGUACUGAGGGACUCAUCGAAGUACUGAGAAGACUCAUCGAAGUACUGAGGGACUCAUCGAAGUACUGAGAAGACUCAUCGAAGUACUGAGAAGACUCAUCGAAGUAUUGAGGGACUCAUCGAAGUACUGAGAGACUCAUCGAAGUACUGAGAAGACUCAUCGAAGUACUGAGAGACUCAUCGAAGUACUGAGAGACUCAUCGAAGUACUGAGAAGACUCAUCGAAGUACUGAGAGACUCAUCGAAGUACUGAGAAGACUCAUCGAAGUACUGAGAAGACUCAUCGAAGUACUGAGGGACUCAUCGAAGUACUGAGGGACUCAUCGAAGUACUGAGGGACUCAUCGAAGUACUGAGGGACUCAUCGAAGUACUGAGGGACUCAUCGAAGUAGACCUGGAUAAAAGAAAAGGGGAAGUUCUGGGAAAUAUUCAUAAACUCAAAAAUACAAUAAACAUUUUUUAAAAGGAA